CGGUCACGCUGCACGGCUCCCGAAGAAAGCCGAUGCAACAUUUAUACGAAAAUUAAACGAAUAUUGUGCAGUUGCAGUGAAAUUUGGUUAAAAGGGCGUGCCAAAAUCCCGCUAAACCGCAAAACAAAAAAAUCACUACAAAUAAGAAUAAAUAAAUACAAGUAAUACAAACAAAAAUAAAAUAGAAGUGAAGAAGCAGCAGCAGCGACUGGUGCGAAUAAAGUCAGUCCGACUAUUUGAUACUCUACAUCAAUACACUCACACACACACAGAGACACAAUGGCGUGGCGCUUCAAGGCUUCGAAGUACAAAAAUGCCGCGCCCAUUGUGCCAAAGGCGGAGGCGUGUGUUCGCGAGAUUUGCGUGGGCAGCUAUCAGACGUAUGGCAACAAUAUCGCCGCCUCGGCCGCCUUCAUGGCCUUCAAUUGGGAGCAUAGCGGCGCCAGUGUUGCCGUGCUGCCGCUCGACGAUUGCGGACGCAAAAGCAAAACGAUGCCACUCCUCCAUGGACACACGGACACGGUGACAGAUUUGAAGUUCUCGCCAUUUCAUGAUGGCCUCUUGGCCACAGCAUCGCAGGAUUGCCUGGUAAAGAUCUGGCACAUACCGGAGAAGGGCUUGGAGCAGUCGCUCUCCGAUCCCGAGGCUGUCUUCUCACACAAGCAGCGACGCGUUGAGACUGUUGGCUUCCAUCCCACGGCCGAUGGUUUGAUGUACUCCACAGCGGCGGGUUGUGUGGCUCUCUUCGACAUUGCAGCCCAAAAGGAGAUUUUCUCCAACAAUGAGCAUCCGGAGGUCAUCCAGUCGGCCAGUUGGCGCGAGGAUGGCACCGUUUUGGCCACCAGCUGCAAGGACAAGUGCGUGCGCAUCUUUGAUCCACGCGCCGAAGGCUCGCCGAUACAAAUGCUCGCCGAAUCGCAUCAGAGCAUCAAGGAUUCGCGUGUCGUUUGGCUGGGCAAUCAGUCGCGCAUUCUCACCACCGGCUUCGAUGCGGCACGUUUGCGUCAGGUGAUCAUACGCGAUAUACGCAACUUUAAUACGCCCGAGAAGACAUUGGAGUUGGAUUGCUCGACGGGCAUUUUGAUGCCACUCUUUGAUCCCGAUACGAAUAUGCUGUUUUUGGCUGGCAAGGGAGAUACGACCAUAAAUUAUUUGGAGAUUACGGACAAGGAUCCGUAUUUGAUUGAGGGAUUGCGGCACACGGGCGAGCAAACAAAGGGCGCCUGUUUGGUGCCCAAGCGUGCGCUCAAAGUGAUGGAGGCCGAGGUGAAUCGUGUGCUCCAACUCACCUCCAACAUGGUCAUACCCAUUAUGUAUCAGGUGCCGCGUAAGACCUAUCGCGAUUUCCAUGCCGAUCUUUAUCCCGAGACAACGGGCUACAAGACGGAAUUAAUUGCCAGCGAAUGGUUGGUGGGCACCAAUCAGCCAGUGCCCAAGAUGAAUCUGGAUCCGGCGAAGCGCGAACAUGGCGAUGAACCCAUUAUCAUUCAUCGCGGCAAUCUGAGUGAUUUCGUUAAGAAUCUUGAGAACCAGCGAGCAAAGGGCAAGUGCCAUGUUGUGAUGUUGCGCAGCAAGUGCGACGAAAAGAAUGGCAAUGGCAACAAUGGCAAUGCCAACGCCAAUGGCAACAACGGCAAUGGCAAUGAGAGUCACAACAACAGCGACUCGUCGAACAACACGAAGAAGAACAACAGUCAGGAGUGCAGUCUCAGUCAGAGCGAAUUGAUACGCAAAUUCGAGGCGAAAUAUAAGACAGACUCCGAGAAGGAUAUUGUCCAUCAGGUGGAUGAGAAGGAAUCGCCCACCGAACACUCGACCGGCAGCAGCGAGGAGGCAUCCUCGUCGGCAGGAUUGGACACCAAUUCGGCGAGUGGCAGUCACUCGCCACCGAAGCCCAUGCCACGCACAUCGCGCAACAACUCGCUGCCGGAGGCAACCACGCCACAAGGCAGCAGCGGUGGCGACUCCGCCGGCGAGGGCAACACACCGCGUCCAAGGCCACGCACAACGGCAGCCGCCGCUUACAAGCCUCGCCUUGGCCCCAAACCAUUUUCGAGCAACACUGGUGACGUCUCCUUUGACAAAGUCUUCGCCGUGCCCGUGGCGCCUGGUUCGCAUGAGAAUAUAUCAAGCGUCGGUCAAGAGAACUGCAGUGAAACGCCCACCCAAGGCGCCAAACCCGAUCUCAUUGUGGAAAUUGAAAUAAAGAAAAAUCAUGAACGUGAACCAAAUGUUGCUGGCAAUGGCAAUGGAAAUGGCAACGGGAACGGUGUCCAAAAGUCAUUGACAACUUCGGAGCGUCGCAAGUCCUCGGCUGACGAUGACGAGUCAUCAGAUAAGAUAUUCGAACAGAACUCUGAAUCAUCAGAGAACUCGACGGAGGGCGAGGAUCGUACAGAUGCCGAUUUGCGACGCUUUUCGGCAGUGCGCAGCAGCAUUGCAGAGCGACGUCGCGUCUACGAGAGUCGCUCCAAGAGUCAGGUGGACGAGAAGGCUCAAUCGCCGGUGCCACUUCGCCGUGAGAGCUCCAAGGUGGAACCCCUAAAGCCCAGUGGCAACAGCAACGUCAUUCCCUCGGCCGGCAUUGACACAAAGCGCAUCUCGGUGCCCGAAGGCAAACUCCUGGAGGAGCAUCGACGUGGCAAUGGAGCAGCGGGACUGAAGAAGUCGGCAACGGAGGCGGCUUUCAGUGCGGCGUCAACCAAACGCACAUCGACCGUGUUUGGCAAGGUGUCCAAGUUCCGGCACUUGAAGGGCACGCCCGGCCACAAGUCGACACACAUUGAGAACUUGCGCAAUCUGAGCCGUCAAAUACCCGGCGAAUGCAAUGGCUUCCAUGCCAAUCACGAGCGUGUCGCCGUUCCGCUCUCGGGACCUGGCGGCAAGAUUGCCAUCUUUGAGCUGAGUCGACCCGGCCGAUUGCCGGACGGUGUCAUUCCAUCGCUGGUGAAUGGCAGCAACAUUAUGGACUUUCAAUGGGAUCCAUUCGAUGCCCAGCGUCUGGCGGUGGCCUGCGACGAUGGCAUUGUGAAAUUGUGGCGCAUCGAUGAGGGCGGCCUGAGUGAGCCAACGAAUGCGCCGCAAGGCGAAUUGACAGCGCAUCUGGACAAGAUCUAUUUCAUACGCUUUCAUCCACUCGCUGCCGAUGUACUGCUGACGGCCAGCUAUGACAUGACCAUCAAGCUGUGGAAUUUGCGCACCAUGCAGGAGAUGUGCACACUGACUGGCCACACGGAUCAGAUCUUUGACUUCGCCUGGAGUCCAUGCGGCAAGCUGGGCGCCAGCGUUUGCAAGGAUGGCAAAAUACGUGUCUACAAUCCACGCAAAUCCGAGACACCCAUCCGUGAGGGCAACGGUCCGGUGGGCACGCGUGGAGCACGCAUCACCUGGGCACUCGAGGGUCAUUACAUUGUGUGCACCGGCUUCGACAAGGUAUCGGAGCGCCAGAUUAGCGUGUAUAAUGCACAAAAGUUGACGGCGCCAUUGAACACGGCCAGCUUGGAUGUAUCACCAUCGAUUCUCAUACCGUAUUACGAUGAGGAUAGCUCCACAUUGUUUGUCACCGGCAAGGGCGAUUCCACCAUCUAUUGCUAUGAGAUCACCGAUGAGGAGCCAUACAUUUGUCCGCUGUCGCAUCAUCGCUGCUCGUCGUUGCAUCAGGGCCUCAGUUUUCUCACCAAGAACCAUUGCGAUGUCGCCAGCGUGGAGUUCUCCAAGGCAUACAGGCUAACAAACACGACCAUCGAGCCGCUCAGCUUCACAGUGCCGCGCAUUAAGAGUGAACUGUUCCAGGAUGAUUUGUUUCCACCCACUCGCAUCACAUGGAGCGCCACGCUCUCGGCGGAUGAUUGGUUUGGCUGCAACGACAAGGCCGCUGCCAAAGUCAGUCUCAAGCCGGAGGGCAUGGAUACGCUGUCAUCCAUACAACAAGUGCCAGCGGCAGUUAAGAAACCGGAUCACUCGCAAUUCGCCAGCAAAUCCGACUAUGAAAGCAAUAAACAACAGGAGAUUCAAAAAUCGGUUAGCGCGCGCAUGGAGUACACAACCAAAUUGGAGCAGGACGAAAUGGAGGGCGUCGAUGAGAACGAGUGGCAGGAGUAGCGCCCAGGCAACAACCAUAAAAACAACAAUAAUAACAACAACAACAACAACACAUAAGCUAUAUUAUAACAUAUACAACACUCAUAGAUAAGUUCAGCUCUCUCUUGUAUAUGCAAACAAUUUGUGUGCAUAAAUUAAUCACAACACAACAGACACUACACAACACCCAGACAUAUACACACACACACACACACACAUACACACACAGCUCGAAGGACAGACAGACAGUCAGAUGGACAAGAAUUUGAUGGUUAGGCAAUAUUUUAAGAGCACAAUGCUCAAGGACAUUCUUCCUCACUAGACAGAGCUAGCGAUAGAAAGAGAGAGAAAUAGUAUGCAGUGCUAACUGGUUGUGCCAAUGUGUCCUGCCUUCCUUCCUUCAACCCAACCUUGACCCCACCACGCCCCUUUAGAGUCCCCCCCACUGCAGUUGCUCAAUAAUUGCCAAAUUACAAAGGUUAAGCAAACGUUUUUAUGUAGUUUUUUUUUUUUAACAUAUUUUAUAUACAACAAUAUAUAUAUAUGUAUUUAGUAUAUAUAUAUAUUUAAUUUUGAUACGUUUUGUCGCAUAUUGUUUUCGUGUGUUUUUUUUUAUGUGUUUGUUUAAGUAGUUAGUCCAAAUUAGUUUAGCAUAAACAUCAUUUUAAACACUUAUCAUUUUCUAUAUGAUUUUCGCUUAAGUUUGUGGCCAUAUAAACGAGGAUAUAUUUACAUAAAUGUAUUUGUAUAAUUAUCUAGACAUAUAUAGAUAUAUAUUUAUAUAUAGACAGCUAUUUUAGAGCUUUACAAGUAUUUACCUCUCUCAGUCUAUUUCGAUAUGUGCUCUCUCUCUCUCUCUCAAAUGACAAUUUAUAAAUUUUAUAUAGUAAAUUUUCGACUCUGGCAAUGGGAGCAGCUCAGCCGGGCCUACACACACACACACACCCAAUAACACACGCAUACACACACGGUUUUACACUCCACUCUUUAUGAUGAUAUAUUUUAUAGCAUAUACUAUAGAGGACAAAUUUUUAAUAGCAGUUUGACGCUUUACGUUUUUUUUUUUUUUGUUAGUGUUUUUUUUUUUUUGGUCUUUCUAGUCUUUGUCUUUAUUCACUGCUUCCUUGCGAACACGCAUAGAUACCCUGUAAAAGCGAUUGACAACACAGAAGAAAAGAAACAACAACAGUAAGAACAUGACAAGAACAGGAAAAGAAAAAGAAAACAAUUAUAGAGACUGUGCGUAAGCCAAUCAAGCGAAGAAUUUGUUAAUAACUAAUUAACCUAAACAGUAUAUACACAGUAUGCAGUAUACACAAUAUCAAAUCAAAUACUUAAUGUAACAACUGAAUCAAAAGAAAAAAACAAAACAAAAAAACAAAUACAAUUAUGUAAUUCCAAAAUGUAAAACGAAAAGACUUGCGAGUAAAGCGCAUCCGUGUUGCCAUUUAAGAAAAACAAAACAAAACUGAAAAAGAUGCAAAUUUGUGUGUCGAAUAUGGUAAGACUAGAAACUAUAUAACAGAUACAGAUACCGAUACCGAUAACGAUACUGAAUACACAAUAUAUAGAACCGAUACGAUAUACAAAACAUAAACUUACAUAUAUACAAAUACGUAUAGCAUUUUGUACUUGCAAUAGUUAUAUCUAUAUAUUUAUAUAGCAUAUAUAUAUUUUGUAUACAGCAACAACUGAUGAAAUAAUUCGACUGAUUCGACCAACAACAUUCUCGGGUAAUGGCAAUAGAGCUAGGCCUAGUAGCUAUAUAUAUAUAUGUAUAUUCUAUCUAUAUAUGUAUAUAUAGUUCAAGUGACCAUGACAGACAACAACACAACAACAUACAGAAAAGAGAUUCAGAAAACUUAUUCCAAUUCAAUAACGUUGCAUUUACUCACAAAAAAGAAAUAUUCACAAAACAAAAAAAAAAGAAAA